AUGGACGAGGCUGAAGAACAUUUACCUCCAUCAGAGGGAAACGGAGUGCUUAAUUGGCCUAAACACUCCACUGCAUCUUCUAAGGUAUCACAUGAAAACUCACCCUUGCUGGACUCCCUAGGAAACAUCCAGUGCUACAAGCGACGGUGGUAUGUCUUGGUGGUGUUCUCCUACGCUGCGCUUCUUCAGACAGCCACGUGGAACACAUUCGGACCUAUUGCUCAGCUGAUGAACAUCGCAGCGAUAAUGAAUGGUUUGGCUAGCACGGUACCAUUCGCCGGUCCUGCCCUCGUCUCAGCCACGUGGUUUCCCCCCAAACAGAGGGCCACUGCAACAGCCAUGUCGGCUAUCUUCAGCUUCAUCGGCAUAUCAGUGGGCUUCAUCAUUGGGCCGCUGUUUGUGCCGCAACCUGACAAACCAUCCCUGAACAUGACCGACGUCCUAUCUAUAAGUUCGCCACGUCGAAUCAACUCCACUGGUUUUACUCCGACACCUGCCGGUAACAUAGCCGAGGUGAGAAGCGGCAUCAUGAGACUCAUGUAUACAGAAUGUGCGGCGUGUGUGCUGCUGCUGCUCCUGGUGGUGGUGUACUUCCCCGCCAAGCCCCCGUCUCCCCCAAGUCUCACAGCGUCCAUAGAGAGGAUAAGCCACCUGCAAGGGAUCAAAGGGCUAUUCACGUAA